AUGGGGAGCAGCAGGUGUGCUGUGGGCACUCGAGGAAAUGGGGCAGUGGGCUGUCCCGGCACGGCACUGGGGCCAGCAGGUGGCCGAGAGAAUAAAAUGCCCAUCUUGAUCUCCAAGAUAUUUAAGGGGCUGGCAGCAGAUCAGACCGAGGCGCUGUACGUGGGGGAUGCCAUCCUCUCUGUCAACGGGACCGACCUUUCCGAGGCAACGCAUGAUGAAGCGGUGCAGGCGUUGAAGAAGACGGGCAAGGAGGUGGUCUUGGAAGUGAAGUACAUGAAGGAGAUCUCACCCUACUUCAAGAACUCCUCUGUGGGGGCAACAGUCAGCUGGGACCCCUCACCUGCCACCCUGCAGAAGCGGUCAUCCCCCCUCCUACCCCCUCGGGAGCUCCGGGAGAGCAGGACCGUGCCUCUGAAGAUGUGCUACGUGUCCCGCAAGUGCCUUCCCACCGACCCGGAGCACAGGUACCUGGAGGUGUGCUCGGCGGACGGGCGCGUUGCCCUCUUCCUGCGGGCGAAGGACGAAGCCACGGCGCAGUCGUGGCUCAGUGCCAUCCAGGCCAACACGGGUGCCCUGCUGCCGCGGGUGAAGGAGGAGCUGCGAGCCCAGCUGGCGGGUGCUGGUGUGGUGGCUGGACGGGAUGUCAAGCACGUGGGCUGGCUGACCGAGCAGCUCCCCAGUGCCGGCACCAGGAACCUCUUGGCUGUCCUCACGGAGAAGGAGCUGCUGCUGUACGGCAGCCUGCCGCAGAGCCGGGAUGCCCUGGGCAAGCCUGCGCACAGCUACCCCCUCAUUGCCACCAGGGGGGCGGCCACCUUCUUACCCCUGUCCCCGUCCCCAGCCUGCUCGUGGAAGGGGCAGGAUUGCACCCUCUCCGUCCACAUCGACAAGGGCUUCACCAUCUCCACCACCGAGCCCGGGCUCAGCAAGACCAUCCUGCUCCAGCAGCCCUUCGAGAAGCUGCAGAUGUCCUCUGAUGACGGCACCAAGAUGCUCUACCUGGACUUUGGUGGCCCGGAGGGAGAGAUUCAAUUGGACCUUCACUCCUGCCCCAAAACCAUCGUCUUCAUCAUCCACUCCUUCCUCUCAGCCAAGGUGACCCGGCUGGGGCUGUUGGCGUGAAGAGGGAGCAGAGCACCGGGCAGAGCAGCCCCAGCCCCCCGCCGAUCUAUGCACCCCCCUCCCGGCCAAACCCAGCCUCAAGUCCUCCCAAGGGAACCGGAGCCCUCGCAGGGUCGUGUCAUCCCUGCCAAGGAAAAGCGCCAUCUGGCUGGGAAAAACCACUCCCGGGGUGUCUAGGGGCAGCGGUGGGGUGAAAUCCCUCUUGGAUGGCAGCACUGGGACCUCUCCGGUCCCUUUUCCCGUCCUUCCCCCACUCUGAUGCCCAGCAGUGACUGGAGAAGCCCGGUCGGAGCCCACCGUGAGUGGCCGCGCGGUCGUCACCCCAGUGCCUUGUGAGAUGAUAUUUUCUGUACAAAGAACCUGUUUGUAUCGAUGUUUUAUAUUUAUACCGCCCUGCUAAAGAUGCUGACACAGCAGCUCUCACCUGUCAGGCUUGGACUGCCCGGAGAGUCCCCAGGUCCUGCAGCACAAGGACAUGUGUCUGUCCCCUGGACAGACAACCUGAGGGCUGGAGACCGAAGCCACUUCUGUAGUGCUUGAGAGAUAGGAACUGCAGAUCAGCGAGACUUGCCAAAUUUUUCCAUAUUGUACCAAAUGAUAGGAACCACUUUUCCUUGUCAGAGUUGGAUGAUUCAUUUUAUUUUGCUAACUUCUGGAUCACUUUAUUUCUCAGUUUAGGGGGGAGGUUUGUCAGGUGGCUGCUGGGAAACAACUUAUAACUUUUAUGAACCAAAAGAACCAUUAAAAUGCCUUUUUUUUUGUCAAAUAAAUAUUGCAGAUCACAA